CCCUCCAGCCUUGCUACUCUCAAGAAUUCAAGCUCUCGCAACAGAUCUAGAGAGAGAGAGGGACUCGAAGACUGUUCAUCCAAUCAAGGAAGCAUAUCCAAGGCGUAUGGAUAGAAUGGGGUUGAGAGAAAUAGAAUCCACACUGCCGCCGGGGUUCAGGUUCUACCCAAGCGACGAGGAGCUGGUCUGCCACUAUCUCUACAAGAAGGUGACCAGCGAACGGUGCUCGGAGGGGACGAUGGUAGAGGUUGAUCUGCACACUAGUGAGCCGUGGGAGCUUCCAGAUGUGGCUAAACUGAGUGCCAACGAGUGGUACUUCUUCAGCUUCCGCGACCGCAAAUACGCCACCGGAUCGCGCACCAACCGAGCAACCAAAUCGGGAUACUGGAAAGCUACCGGGAAGGAUAGAAUAAUCUGUGAUCCAAGAACACACGCAAGGGUUGGGAUGAGGAAGACAUUGGUGUUCUACGGAGGCAGAGCUCCGAAUGGAGCAAAGACUGGCUGGGUAAUGCAUGAGUUCCGACUGGAGACCCCCCACUCACCUCCCAGGGAGGACUGGGUUCUUUGUAGAGUGUUUCACAAGAGGAAAGGGGAGUCGGAUCAUGACAAGACUGCUUCUUCUUCUCCCACUCGGAUGUCAUCUGCUUGUGUCGUGGACCAGCCCAUGCCAGAUGUGUGCCAUGACCAGCUUGGCUCAUCCUUCCCUGCUCUCCUGCAGCAGGAGGACAACAGCUCAGACCCCUUCCUGAUGAACAUGGCACUGCUGCAGCGCAACCUUCUUGACUUCCCACAGGAGAUGGGAAGCGCACCCGCCGGUAUGGUGGGGAUGAGCUCGAGGUGUGAGGAUGAGCUGGGAUUCCUGUUGGACUUGGGGUUUGAGCACAGCUUUGGGGAGGCAGGAAUGGUGAGGUACGAGCUACCGAGGUGGCAAGGAUAGUUACACUCUACCUGUGGUGGACAAGUGGGGAUUGAUGUGGGAGUUGCAUGCUUCCAACAGUAGACAUGAAUGUUGAUUUCGACUGGAAGAGAGCGAUUGAAAUAGAUCUGUACAGAUGUUAAGUAGUUGGAGUACAUGUUUAUAGUUGUUAAUAAUCUUCACAAAAGCAAGAAGAAGAUAGACAUUUCUAUAGGGGAUUUUAUUGA